UAUAUGAUCUUUGUAUUUCUUUAUCUCUCUCCAUUAGUAUAUAGUAGUAAUAUUAUAGACGCAGAGACUCUGAAGUAAACACAACACGAGGCUUCACAAAAGUUGACGCCAACAUAUAUUUAUGAUUGAUUUAGCCAGUGAAACUUUUGGCAGAUGCAUACCAUCAAAUGAAUCCAACCAAGAACACACACAACACACACUACACACGUUGCUUCAUAUAUAUAUAUAUAGAGAGAGGUGAUAAUUUUGGCCAAUUCCCAUCAUUAAAUAAACUCAAGCAAUCAUUUUUAUUCACCUCAAUCACACAUGGCUUCUUCCUAUGUUUCCUAAAUUCCACUUUCUUCAUUUCCUUUACCAUUUUUUUGUUUUUCUAAACUUUUCUUGGGGUUGAAUCACAUGCUCUCCUCUCUCUGCAUUUUCUAUUUUAUAAUUUUUUUAUUUGACUGAGCACUCCAAAGAGAUUCUUCCAGAUCUACAUUGAAAAGUUUUUAGGCCGUGGAUGAGAUUAUAGCCUUUUGUUGUUCUUCAAGAAGAGAGUGCCCAUUAAUUUCUUGUCCAAAAGGCUUUCUCUGAUAUUAUUACAUCAAACAUAAGGCUGAUUCGAGGCGAAUAUAGACAUAAAAAAAGAUGUUGAUGCUUGAUAGAACUACAUCAUUGUCUUAGUUGAGACAAGACUUAGUUGUUGAGACAGAAUCACAGAGAAGUAUGGGGUGUGAGAUGGAGAGCGAUCAGCCCGAGGAUUUGGACGUUGUGCUGACCUCAAUGUGGCCGGAGGACAUGAAUGAAGCCGGUAGGCAGUUCAACGUGGAGAGGCCCGGGGGAGAUCAAGACAUGUUGGAGGAGGUCACCAUCAACAAAGAGCCCAACAUAGUCGAUUUCCAGAGGCUGAUGGAGCUCACUAACUACAGUGACAAGGGUAACUGGCAGCUGGCCAAGUUGGUGAAGAAUUGGGAGUUCAAGCAGGCGAACGUCGUGCGUCUCUUGAAAGAGGAGCUCGACCAGCUCAGCAAGCAGCAGCAGGAGGUGGAGCUCAAGAAGCUCGAGAUAUUGGAGGAGCAUCGGUUUGAGAAGGACGGGUAUGGUGGGGACAAGCGCCCUAUCUCCAUUCUUGACGAGAAUCUGAGGUAUCUGUACCAAGACGCUCCCAAGAGGAGGAAGGACGACGUCGUCUCCCAAGGGGAGAUUGUGGCUAUAGACGCGGAGUAUGACAGCGUGGUGUACUGGAAGCAGCGAGCAAUGCAUCUUGAGAAGCUUCUGGAAGCUAGCCUUCAGAGGGAGCAAGUGCUGGUGGAGAAACUUCAAGAGAGUAUAGAGAGUUUGGAGAGGCAGUCGACUCCUGUGGAGGAGUUGUCUCAGGUCUUGAAGAGAGCCGAUAACUUCUUGCAUUUCGUCCUCCAAAACGCUCCUGUUGUUAUAGGCCACCAGGACAAGGAUAUGCGUUAUAGGUUCAUCUUCAAUCACUUCCCGACCUUGGGAGAGCAGGACAUCAUAGGCAAAACGGACGUGGAGAUCUUCACUGGCGCUGGCGUGAAGGAGUCCCAAGACUUCAAAAAGGAGGUUUUGGAACGCGGAUUGCCUGCAAAGAGGGAGAUCACGUUUGAAACGGAGCUAUUUGGUUCGAAGACUUUCUUGAUCUACGUGGAGCCAGUUUUCAGCAAGGCAGGAGAGACCAUUGGUGUGAAUUACAUGGGAAUGGAAGUCACUGAUCAGGUUUUAUUCCAUCCAAGUACAUUUCGAGUCAUAACUCAAUCCAAAAAGCUUGUUGCCUCGAGCCUCACAACGCUGUGCUGUGUAAUGACUCCAAUGCAGGUCAGGAAAAGGGAGAAGAUGGCCAAACUUAGAGAGGAGAUUGCUGUGCAGAAGGCCAAGGAGACGGAGCUUAACAAGACGAUCCAUAUCACAGAGGAGACAAUGCGCGCGAAACAAAUGCUGGCGACAAUGUCUCAUGAGAUUAGGUCUCCUCUCUCCGGAGUUGUGAGCAUGACGGAGAUUCUUGCAACCACUAACCUCGAUAAAGAACAAAGGCAGCUGUUGAAGGUGAUGUUGUCUUCUGGAGAUUUGGUUCUUCAGCUUAUCAACGACAUCCUCGAUCUCUCCAAGGUGGAGUCAGGAGUUAUGAAACUGGAGGCGGCCAAGUUUAGGCCGAGGGAGGUAGUGAAGCACGUGCUCCAGACAGCAGCGGCCUCACUACAGAAACUACUCACAUUAGAAGGACAUGUAGCAGAAGAUGUCCCAAUAGAGGUUAUCGGAGAUGUGCUAAGGAUUCGACAGAUUCUUACCAACUUGAUCAGUAAUGCCAUAAAAUUCACUCAUGAAGGAAAAGUUGGAAUAAAUCUGUAUGUGGUUCCAGAGCCGAGCGAUGUAAAUGAACAUGGCUCGGAGAAGAAGUCUCGAGAUCAAUCGACUCUUUCAGCCAAUACUAAUGGCAAUGGACAUGCUGAUAACAGCCCUUCUUGUGAAGAAUCCGAGCUCAACGACACGUCCUGUGACCAAAACGGUGAUCAAAUGGAUCAAGACAAGGAGAGUCGAAUGAAGGCUGAGGAACGAAUAGUAUGGAUCCGCUGUGAUGUCUACGACACUGGCAUUGGAAUACCUGAGCAUGCUAUGUCGACCUUGUUCAAGAAAUACAUGCAAGUUGGGGCGGAUACAGCUCGGAAGUAUGGUGGGACAGGAUUAGGCCUUGCAAUCUGUAAACAAUUGGUUGAGCUCAUGGGAGGAUAUCUGACAGUGUCAAGUGUCGAGCAACAUGGCUCUACUUUCACAUUCGUGCUGCCUUACAAGGUCUCAUCCGCCUCUGAUUCUGAUGACACGGAAGAACUAUCUGAUACGUACCAGCUAGGCGACGAUGGCUAUGACGAUGAUCUGAACUCAGGCGUGUUCCUCUUCCCGCCUCGGACUUUGGGGACUUUGUUCUCGUCCCAAAUCAACGGAAGGAUUCCCAAGCUCUUGCCAAACAGCUAUGGAAACAACUGCAAUGAUUUGCUCGAGGACUCCCCUUUGCCUUGUAGUAACAAGGAGGGCACCUCGGAGGAAGGCUCUGAUUCGAGUGGUGGUGCAAUGGAGACAGCCUCGUCCGUGCCUGACAUUGACAACAUAAGACCAGUAGCACAACAAGAGCAAGAGACGGCUUCUGAGUGCUCUUCCACGAACAGAACCGGAGUUGAGAAAUCUGAGACGAAACAGCACAAGAUCCUGCUGGUUGAGGAUAACAAGAUCAACAUCAUGGUAGCAAAAUCUAUGACGAAACAGCUGGGUUACGCCAUUGAUGUCGUCUCCAACGGAGCAGAGGCUGUGAAGGCACUCCAAAGAAGUAGUUACCAUCUCAUUCUAAUGGAUGUGUGUAUGCCGGUGAUGGAUGGUCUUCAAGCUACAAGAUUGAUUCGAUCUUUUGAGGAAACGGGAAGUUGGGACGAGGCUGUGAAGGCCGGAGUAGAGAUGGAGACGACGUCUCAUCAAUCUUGCUCGACUUCACAAGUAGAGGAAACAAGAAAGAGGGUUCCUAUCGUUGCAAUGACAGCGAACACAGUAUCAGAAAGCGCGGACGAAUGCUAUGCAAAUGGCAUGGACUCGUUUGUGUCGAAGCCUAUUACUUUGCAAAGCUUGAAACAAUGUCUGCAGAGAUAUUUGGUUUGAAUUGGUAGCUGUAAAUUGUAUGCAUAUUUGUACAGAAAAAAUGGUGUGAGUUAGGAAAGUUUUGAGCGGGUUAGGUUUGUAUGUGAAAAAUU